AUAUGACACCUACUUGCACUGUAGAGGCAUGCAAUCUUCGUGAUAAUUAUUCAGCAUUAAUAAAAGCAGGAAUGGAGGUAAUUGGUAUUAGUCCUGAUGAUGAAAAAUCGCAUAUUAAAUUUAUAGAAAAACAAGAAUUGCCAUAUCAAUUAUUAGCUGAUGAAAAGCACGAAGUACUUGAAAAAUAUGGAGUUUGGGGUGAAAAAAGCAUGUAUGGCAGAAAAUAUAUGGGUGUUUUAAGAACUACUUUUUUGAUAAAUGAAACUGGUAAAAUUGCACAUAUUAUCGACAAACUUUUACGUCGUCAUUGGCAAAUAUUUGACAGCAAUGGUACUCACAGAGAAGUAGAAGGGGAAGGCGUAGUGGGUCAGCAACCAAUAUUAGAACCUGGCGAAUCAUUUCAAUAUAUGUCCGGUGUAAGUAUCAGAACCGAAAUGGGUCGUAUGAUGGGAAAAUACCAAAUGGAAAACAUAGAGCCUGUAAAAUUUGCUGAAAUUUCUCCCAAUGUUUUUGAUGCCUUAGUGGCAACAGAGGAUGAACGUUUUUAUGAACAUAGUGGUGUGGAUGCUGAAGCCAUAGGUCGUGCUUUAUUUGGAGUAGUUACUUUUAACCCAAGUGGAGGUGCUAGUACCAUUACGCAACAGUUAGCAAAAGCAUUGUUAGAUCAAGGUUCUGGAAAUAUUUUUGCUCGUUUACGUGAAAAAUUAAAAGAGCAAAUUGUGGCAGUUAAAUUAGAAAAAAACUUAACUAAACAAGAAAUUCUUACUUUGUAUUUAAACACCGUUCCUUGGGGUUACAAUUCAUUCGGAAUUAAAAGUGCUGCUAAA